ACCUUUGACCCAAUAUUCUAAUUAUUUCAUUCUUUCCAUACGACCAAACUUUCCAUUUGGAGUAGCGCGCGCACAAUUAUACACACACAGAUAGAUACAGUCUUUAUCUUUACAUGACCAUCCUCACAGACAACCGCAGACAGAUUGAGAGAGAAAAUCCUGAGAAAAUCAGGGUGUUUGGUUGCUGAGAAAAUUUGAAUCCGGGUGGGUGGGAUAGACCUGCCUUUUCAGGAUCUGUAAAGGUUCUGAAGGGUGGGGACCUCAUCCGUCAUCCCUCAUUCUUCGUCCUCCGUUUGUCUGCUGCAGUCCCAACACCGUUUAUGAACACAAUACCCUCGAUUUCGAUACAGCAGUGUUGGAGAAUAGGAAUAAGGUGUAUGGAUCUUACUCUGAAAUUCUCUAUCCUGCUGUUGCUUCUCGGAUUCGGAUGCUAUUCUUGGGGUUCUUAUAACUCGUCCACACCUUCUGUAUCAGCAAAUGCUUCGCCUUUUAGGAAUGAUUUUGGUCAUUGUGAAAGACUUGUCAAAAAAUGGGCUUCUUCUUCACUUGAACAAGAAGUUAAAGAAGACAAACACACACUGGGGGAUUUGCUGUUUUUUCUUCAUGUCCCCAGAACAGGAGGGCGUACUUAUUUCCACUGAUUCUUGAGAAAGUUGUACUACAGCUCUCUGGAAUGCCCUCGAUCUUAUGAUAAGCUGCGAUUUGAUCCUAGAAAGCGACAUUGCAGGUUGUUGGUUACUCAUGAUGACUAUAGCAUGAUGUCUAAACUUCCCAGGGAGAGAACAUCAGUUGUGACAAUACUUAGGGAUCCCGUUGACCGUGUUUUUAGUACUUACGAAUUUUCAGUAGAGGUAGCUGCUAGGUUUUUGGUACAUCCUAAUUUAACUUCUGCAACACAAAUGGCAAGACGUAUACGUUCAAAGACUAAAGGAGUAAGCACGCUGGAUAUCUGGCCAUGGAAAUAUUUGGUUCCGUGGAUGAGGGAAGACCUUUUUGCUCGGAGAGAUGGUCAAGAGCAUAGACGCUCAGGUGAUGUUCAGAGCAGUGACCCGUACAACAUGGAGGAAGUUGUGAUGCCAUUACACGAGUACAUCAAGGACCCUAUAGCUCAAGAAAUUGUUCACAACGGAGAAACAUUCCAGGUUGCAGGAUUGACAAACAACUCCUAUCUAUCAGAAUCACAUGAAGUGCGCCAUUGCGUACAGAGGUAUAAACAUCUUGGUGAACAUGUCCUGGAAGUUGCAAAGAAGAGGUUGGAUGAUAUGUUAUAUGUUGGUCUCACUGAGGAGCACAGAGAAUCUGCAACCAUGUUUGCAAAUGUAGUUGGCGCCCAGGUGAUUUCACAGCUAGGAGGAUCAAAUUCUAGCGAGGAGAGUGCUGCUAACAGCAAUUCCGAACAGAGCUACUCAGUUUCAGAUUCCAAGUCAGAUAAUAAUGAACUUCGGGACAGGACCCCAAAUGGAAAGGAAAGUGAGAUUGCUUCACCUGACACUGUUGAAGCAGUGAAAGGAAAUAUGACUGUGGGAGAGCUUAUGGAAGCUUAUGAAGACUGCAUUUCUAGUUUACGAAACACCCAAGCAAACCGGCGCACCUCUUCUUUGAAGAGAAUCUCCCCGGCAAACUUUACAAAGCAGGCACGGCUCCAGGUUCCCGAAAUGGUCCUCCAGCAGAUAAGGGAACUUAACCAUCUUGAUGUGGAGCUUUAUAAAUAUGCGCAAAAUAUCUUUGCAAAUCAACAUAAGCGUACUUUUGGCAUCAUGGGAGUUGGGGAGGGGAUGCAGAACAGCACAUAUGGCGCGGGCAUAAAAGUCCUCUCGUUAGGCGCGACUCUUGUUUUACUUCUUUUGGCCUUCUAUGUAUUUGUUAACGCCCAAAGAAGAACGUCAAAGGUUAAAAUAUGAAUGUACCUUGAUAGACUGUUAAGGAUCACACCGGUUUAGAAAUAUUGAGAAACCUGGUAUUGAGAAACUGAGAUGGAAAGAAGGUAUCACAUUUGCUUAAGUGUUCA